ACUCAUUGUGGUGACACUGGCCGUGUGUUGGAUGCCAAAUCAGAUCAGACGGAUCAUGGCUGCGGCAAAACCCAAGCAUGACUGGACCAAGACGUACUUCAGGGCGUACAUGAUCCUCCUGCCCUUCUCGGACACCUUCUUCUAUCUCAGCUCCGUGGUCAACCCUCUCCUCUACAACGUAUCUUCUCAGCAGUUCCGGAAGGUGUUCUGGCAAGUGCUCUGCUGCCGGCUCACUCUGCAGCAUGCCAACCAGGAGAAACGCCAGCGUGCCCUCUUCAGCUCCGCCAAGGACAGCACCAGCUCAACCCGCAGCCCCCUCAUCUUCCUAGCCUCCCGGCGCAGUAACUCUUCCUCCAGGAGAACUAACAAGGUUUUCUUAAGCACUUUCCAGACAGAGGCUAAGCCCCAGCCCUUGAGUCCUGAGUCACCACAGACUGGCUCAGAGACCGAACCGGUUGCUUCCACCACGGAAAAUAGUUUACAGGAGCAGGAAGUGUGAAUGUCAAGUUCAGAAGCCUUGAGCGGAAACUGGCUCUUCCCUCCCACGAAAGCAAAGUUACCUUCACGCUGCAGUUCCCGGAAUAGACCGUGACACCUAUUGGGACAGAAUGGAAGCUUCCAGCUUUGGGAAAAGCAGAUGCAUAUCUCAAUGACUUCUAAGGGCUGAUUCUUCCAGGCUAGCCUUGGCGGUGAUUAACCAGAUUGGGAUAGGAGGGUCUGGACUUUCUGCUCCAUGCUUUUUCUUCAACUACACACAGAAAUUUGGAGUGAAUUGGUUCAGAGCUUACAAAAGUAUUUGUGCGCGGCGAUUUUGCAUUACUUGAAAGGGAACAAGAAGACCCCCUGUCUACCCAGAAUGAAAGGACACCCAGAAGAGACUCAGGAAGGUGAGAGAGGAAGGGCCGGACAGAUGAGGCAGCAGGGGUUGGCAUCUCCUUUAGCUUCAGCAGUGUGCCAAGCAGAGGGCUAAGUUGAAGAACAAGACAGUGGUGAGAAGCCCUGGCCUGAUGGCUGAGGCAGAGCUGCCUCUCUUUUUGGGCCUCGGCCCAUUGCAAAGAGGGGUGUUGCAGCAGCUGAUACACACGGAGUUCAGUUUCCCAGGGGAACAGAAGGACUGGUACCCAGCUGAAGCAAUGAGACAGGCUGCUGAUGAUGCACAUGAUUUCCGGUACAUGAUCCCUGCAACAUAGGCCCAGAGAAGUGGAGUUAACAUAUGUGAUCUGCAGUCCAUCUCUUGGUGCCCAAAUCUGAGAGCAUAGCUUUUCCUUAACUCCUCCCACAGAAAGGGUUCUUAUCUCCUGAUCGGGGAGGUGGCUCAGGGGAUAAGAAUUCUCAAACUUAUUGGAGCCUGGGAGUUCUUUUGGGUGGGCAUGGAGGUCACCAAACACACAGAACUUAUGGUGAAUGUUGUUCCAACAGAGAUUUCAAUUGUUGAUAUUCAUGAAUAAAGAGCUAUUAAAAUCAAA